AUGCUAUCAUCCGGUAGCAUCACACAACAGCACAGCCCGCUUCCACCGGUCAGCCAGUUCUCGCACCAAAUGGCUCCUCACCCCCAGGAGCAGCGUGUCCAACGCAACCAACACCAACCACCUCCUCAGCAAACAUUUUCCUCUCAUUCAAUGCAUCAUGUGCCGCCUCCUAUGACACCUUUCAAUGGCGUUGGGCCGCAGGAAACCAUAACAUUCUUCGAUGUCGCGAAGACUGGUGGUUAA